AUAAAAAUAUCAAAAAUUAUUUUAGUAUGAUUCAUUAUAUUAUCAAUUUUUAUUUCAAUCUCAUCUUCCUCAUUUUUAUUUUUAUGAAUAUGUUUAGAAAUUAAUAUAAUAGCAUUUGUACCUUUAAUAAAUUCUAAUAACCAAAUAUCUUCAAAUAGAAUAAUUACCUACUUUAUUAUUCAAGCUUUAGCAUCAUCAGCUUAUAUUUUUAUUAUUAUUAACUUUUUAAUUAAUUGUGCAACUUCAAUUGAAAAAUUAAACCUAGCUAUCAGAUGUUCAAUAAUAAUCAAAGUGGGGGCUGCCCCUUUCCACAUUUGGUUCCCUCAAAUUAGAGAAGGAAUUUCUUUACAAAGCCUUCUUCUUCUAUCGUCAAUUCAAAAAAUUAUUCCACUCCACAUCACUAGAAUAUUUGUUAAUAAAUUUAUUUUUAUUGCCAUCACAAUAAGAGCUAUAAUGGGAUCCCUUGGAGGUCUCAAUCAAUUUUCAAUUCGAAAAAUUCUAGCAUUCUCAUCAAUUACACAUUUAGCAUGAAUACUUAGACUUAUUAUACUUAACAGAAAUAUAUGAUUAAUAUACAUACUUAUUUAUACAACAAUUUUAGCUUUUAUUAUCAACUUUAUACAUAUUAACAGCAUAAAUUUUAUUAAUCAGACAAUUUCUUUUUCAAAAGAAAAUUCUCUUUACAUUAUCAUCCUUCUUAUAUCAUUAGGGGGAAUACCACCUAUAAUUGGAUUUUUUAUAAAGUGAAUAUCAUUAAAAAUUAUUAUUUUUAAUAUAUAUAUACUAAGAAUCCCUUUAAUUAUUUCCUCAUUAAUUAAUUUAUAUUUUUAUACUCGACUAACUUAUCCUUUUUUUUUAAAAAUUUAUUUAAAUAAUAAAUGAAAGCUGUCAAAAUUCAAUACUAUAAUUUUAUUUUUAAUUAUACAAUUAUUAAUUUUUGUUAUAAUUCCAUUAAUUUAA